GUUGCUCUGGCUUCCCGGAUCUGCUACCUGAAGCAGCCGAGUGUUCCUGGAGAGCUGGGAAGACCAGAGGAAGUCCUUCAGAAUCCUAGGAAGAAGACUGUCUAUAGAAGCUUCCUUCAUUGAGGGAGAAGGUGCAGCAGGAGGGUCUACACACUGUGGCGCUCAUUAUGGUCCUGAGUGGGGCACUGUGCUUCCGAAUGAAGGAUUCAGCCUUGAAGGUACUUUACCUGCACGAUAACCAGCUGCUGGCAGGAGGGCUGCAUGCGGGGAAGGUCAUUAAAGGUGAGGAGAUCAGUGUCGUCCCAAAUCGGUCACUGGAUGCCAGUCUGUCCCCUGUCAUCCUGGGUGUUCAGGGAGGAAGCCAGUGCCUGUCCUGUGGGACAGAGAAAGAGCCAAUUCUGAAACUUGAGCCAGUGAACAUUAUGGAGCUUUACCUCGGGACUAAGGAAUCCAAGAGCUUCACCUUCUACCGGCGGGAUAUGGGCCUCACCUCCAGCUUCGAGUCAGCUGCCUACCCUGGCUGGUUCCUCUGCACUGCUCCCGAAGCUGACCAGCCUGUCAGGCUCACCCAGAUCCCUGAGGAUGCCGCCUGGGACGCUCCCAUCACAGACUUCUACUUUCAGCAGUGUGACUAGGACUGCACGGUCCCCCAAACUCCCUAGGCAGAGGCAGAGUAGGCAAUGCUGGGGGGGGGGGCAGGUAGUGAUAGAGGAGCUCCCUGGUGGGUGACGUACUCCUCUCCCUCCCCUCCUCCUCCUCGGGACUCCCAUUCUGACUUAGGAGGCACACAGCCAUUCUCUUCUCCCGGUUCCCAACAAAUUCUUCGGGUAUCCGGAGCUCAGUGUGUGGGCUCCUUCUGCACUGGGUGGUACUACCUCUGGUGUGGAACCUAUACAAACCACAUAGGACAAACAAAGAAUAGCAUAAAAAGAUUCUCGGGUGAGAGAGCGGUGGGGUGGUUCAUGCAUUGUGAAAUCCGACACAGUGCCUCAGAAGCUCUGCCAUCCCCUACUGGGCAGGAGAAGGAGGUAUCACGGAGAUCUUUGGCUGGCUGGGCCCCUUCCCUCAAUCCUGCAGCUCACAUCCACUGCCUCUUUUAACCCUGCCUUCAUUCUCUGGCCCUGGACUGAGAGGGCGAUGUCAGGAUAGAGGACAGAAGGUGGCCAGGCACACUGUCCUGGUUUGAAACCAGAGGUACAAUAAAAAUCCCUGAUUCUGAUCUCUACUCACACAGAAAGA